AUGUGGACUCAGGCACCACACCUAAACUCCUAUUUCCUUGUGUGGCACCGGAUGUACCUAUACUUCUACGAGAGGAUACUCCGACACGCGGCUAACGACCCGCACCUCACUAUACCUUAUUGGGAUUAUAGCGGUGGCGGUCAUAAUCUGGUGUUACCUGAAGUUUUUCGUACACCCUAUGAUACCGGUGUAAACCCACUGUACACUUCGGACAGAUGUGAAUCAGUGAAUAAUGGAAAGCCUUUAAAGGCGCAACUAAUGGAUACCGGGCCUAUAUUACGGGCCCGUUAUUUUGACGCCAUUCCCGCUGAUAAUGAAAUGCAUGCGUGCCUUAGCUUUGGUGGGGUACGUACGUCUAGACCCGUAUUUGGGGCCCCUUAUACAAGCUUAUUCUCGCAGACAUUGCACGAUAACGUUCACGUGCAUGUAGGAGGGGAAAGGGGUCUAUUGAGCGACGCCUGUACCGCGGCUCUGGACCCUGUGGACAGGAUAUGGAUGUCGUGGACACAACUGGGAGGUCCUAACCCGACAGACACCCACUUUCUCGACCAUACGUUCACUUUCUUUGACGAAUGGGGACAACCAGUCAGCGCUCGGAUCCGGGAUUUCCUGAAUGUCUCGCAUCUCUAUAGUUAUGAUCAGCUUAUGGACGGACCACAGGUUGUGCCCACUCGACAAUACCCUCAUAUUUAUAUCGAUGUGGAUAUUGAUAGGGAAACCGCUGUUACUGUAAACAACCCGUCUGUUACUAAAGAAUUAGAGCCAUAUGUAAUGGAAAUGUUUACUGAGUUGGCCAUUGCAAUCAAUUGA